CUCGUACCAAAACAACUCGCCGAACGCCUUCAAGAUGGUGAACUUUACCAUGGAGGAGCUCCAGGCUAUUCAGAAGAAGCCGACCAACAUCCGGAACAUGUCCGUGAUCGCGCACGUCGAUCACGGCAAGUCGACCCUCACCGACUCGCUCGUCGCCGCGGCGGGCAUCAUCGCGGCGUCGGCGGCUGGCGACACGCGCCUGACCGACACGCGUCAGGACGAGCAGGACCGUUGCAUCACCAUCAAGUCCACCGGCAUCUCGCUCUUCUUCAAGGCGGAGGAGCACUACAAGCUCCCCCCCGACUCGAACGGCAACGAGUUUCUGAUCAACCUCAUCGGCGCGUUUGCCCGCUCCCUUGCCCAGCCCUACUCGCCGGGCCACGUUGACUUCUCGUCCGAGGUCACCGCCGCGCUCCGCGUCACCGACGGCGCGCUCGUCGUCGUCGAUUGCGUCGAGGGCGUCUGCGUGCAGACCGAGACGGUGCUGCGCCAGGCCAUGGGCGAGCUUAUCAAGCCGGUGAUCACCAUCAACAAGCUGGACCGCGCGUUCCUCGAGCUGCAGCUGCCGUCGGAGGACAUGUACCAGGCCUUCGUCAAGCACAUCGAGAACGUCAACGUCCUCGUCGCCACCUACAACGCCGAGGCGAUGGGCGAGUGCCAGGUCGACCCGACCAAGGGCACCGUCGCCUUCUCGGCGGGCCUGCACGGCUGGGCCUUCACGCUGACCAAGUUCGCGCGCAUGUACGCCAAGAAGUUCAACGUCGACAUCGAGAAGAUGAUGACCCGCCUCUGGGGCGACAACUACUUCAACCCCAAGGAGAAGAAGUGGAUCAAGGCGGCGGGCGGCGACGCGCCCAAGGGCCUCGAGCGCGCCUUCUGCCUCUUCUGCCUGACGCCGAUCGCGAAGAUCUUCAAGAACUGCAUGGACGAGCAGUACGACGCGGUGACCAAGAUGCUCAACGCGGUGGGCGUGCAGCUCACCAAGGAUGACCUGCAGCUCCGCCAGAAGCCGCUGCUCAAGCGGUGCAUGCAGAAGUGGCUGCCGGCGCACGACGCGCUGCUCGAGAUGCUGGUGCAGCACCUGCCGUCGCCGCGGCAGGCGCAGAAGUACCGCGCCGAGGCGCUCUACACGGGCCCGUCGGACGACAUCUGGUGCAACGGCAUCCGCGAGUGCGCCGCCGAGGGCCCCCUCGUCAUGUACAUCUCCAAGAUGAUCCCGACGCCCGACAAGGGCCGCUUCUUCGCCUUCGGCCGCGUCUUCUCGGGCACCGUGCGCACGGGUGCCAAGGUCAAGAUCAUGGGCCCGAACUACGUGCAGGGCAAGAAGGAGGACCUCUUCAUCAAGAACGUGCAGCGCACCAUCCUCAUGAUGGGCCGCAAGACCGAGUCGGUCGAGUCGGUCACCGCGGGCAACACCUGCGCGCUGGUCGGCAUCGACCAGUACAUCGUCAAGGCGGGCUCGAUCGCCGACGCGGACGCGACCGAGUGCCACCCGAUCGUCACCAUGAAGUACUCGGUCUCGCCCGUCGUGCGCGUCGCCGUGGCGCCGAAGAACCCCAACGACCUGCCCAAGCUGGUCGAGGGCCUCAAGCGGCUCGCGAAGUCGGACCCGCUCGUCGUUUGCUCCAUGGAGGAGUCGGGCGAGCACAUCAUCGCGGGCUGCGGCGAGCUGCACAUCGAGAUCUGCCUCAAGGACCUGCAGGAGGACUUCAUGAACGGCGCGCCCAUCAACAUCUCCGACCCCGUCGUCUCGUACCGCGAGACCGUCUCCGACGAGUCGUCGCGCACCGUCAUCUCCAAGUCGCCCAACAAGCACAACCGCCUCUACUGCAAGGCGCUGCCGCUCGGCUACGGCGAGGACGACGCGCAGACGCCCCUCGCGGACGCCAUCGAGGAGGGCGAGGUCUCGGCGGGCAUGGACCCGAAGGCGCGCACGCGCGUGCUCGUCGACAAGUUCGGCUGGGACAAGCAGACGACGCAGAAGAUCUGGUGCUUUGGCCCCGACGGCACCGGCCCUAACCUCGUGGUGGACGUGACGGUGGGCGUGCAGUACCUCAACGAGAUUAAGGACUCGGUGGUGGCGGGCUGGCAGUGGGUGUGCAAGGAGGGCCCGCUCUGCGACGAGACGUGCCGCGACGUCAUGAUCCACAUCCACGACGUCGUGCUGCACGCCGACACCAUCCACCGCGGCGGCGGCCAGAUCAUCCCGACCGCGCGCCGCUGCUUCCUCGCCUCGAUGAUGACGGCGUCGCCGCGGCUGCAGGAGCCCGUCUUCAUGUGCGAGAUCCAGUGCCCCGAGGCCGUGGUCGAGGAGAUCAACCGCCCCGGUACCCCGAUGUGGACCGUCAAGGCCUACCUGCCCGUCUCGGAGUCGUUCGGCUUCACCUCCUUCCUCCGCCAAAACACGGGCGGCCAGGCCUUCCCGCAGCUCGUCUUCCACCACUGGGACACGAUGCCGGGCGACCCCUUCACUAACAAGGACACGAUCGAGCUCGUCACCGGCAUCCGGAAGCGCAAGGGCCUCAAGGAGAUGAUCCCGCCCAUCUCCGAGUACGAGGACAAGCUCUAGCCGCGCCGCCGAGAGCCGCACGCACGCGGCGGGCGUAACGUGCCCCCUCCCCCUCUUCCCAUACCGCUGGAUUCCCCCUUUGAGCUCCGUUUGUCAUUCGGCGCCGGAUCGCGGCGGCGGAUGGAUUGCACCCCCCCGCACGAUGCUAAUGCCAUAGUGCAUCCUCCACUCGUGUGUGGUUUUGAGCGUACGUUGUGUAAACGAAAAAGAAGAGCA